GUCGCCGCCACCGCCACCGCCACCGCCACCGCCGUCCCAGGCGGAGGCGGACAGCGCCGAGCUGGACCCGGACGACCCGGUGCUGGCACUCACUGAGGUCGACCUGUGCCUGCGCAAGCGGUUCAACACGACACGGAGGCCGAAGAACAACAGCCGCGAAAUCCUAGAGCAGAUCUCGGAGCGGGUCAGCGACAACAUGCCGAUCCGUACGAAGAUGAUGAUGAAGGACCUCAUCUACUGGAACCCCGAUACGGAGGCCAUGUCCAACAGCAAGGAGAAGCCAGCCAGGAGGGGGCGCACUCGUCGGGACAGCGCGAGCAGUGUGACGUCGAGCCGGACGGACGCGACGGCCGAAGACUCGGCGUCACAGAGACCGGACGACCCGGAACCGGAUCCGGAGUUGGAGCCGGAGCCGGAUCCGGAGCCGACGCCGGCUGACGAGGAGGAGCCCGAGGAUGCCAUGCCCGUGCCGCAGCUCAAAGUCGGCCCCGACGGCAGCAUCGUCGUGGACGAGCAGUCACUGGUGGUCAAGACAAGCCAGCAGCGGCAGCGCGAUCAGGAGCUGUCGUCGGAGCUGGUGCGGGACCUCACGGGCUCGCGCAUCUCCUUCAACGGCUACCGGCAGCGGCGCCAGAUCAACGAGUGGAGCAUCAAAGAGACGGCCCGGUUCUACAAGGCGCUGAGCACAGUCGGCACCGACUUCUCCAUCAUGCAGCAGCUCUUUCCCAAGCGGAGUCGCGUGGACCUCAAGAAGAAGUUCAAGAAGGAGGAGCGCAAGAACCCCCACUUGGUGGAGCGGGCGCUCACAGAGGACAUGCAGUACGACCUCACCAUCUUCGACAACGACGUCUGGGAGAGCACCGUGGAGCAGUGCAAGUCGACGGCACAGAGCCAGCGCAGCGCGGCGCGGGCCGAGCGGCGAGAGGUGCGGGCCAAAGACGUCACGGCGCUGCGACAGGAGAAAGCGACCGUGCGUCGUCCGCCCAGAGCCAUCAAGGCCGAGGAGUCCAGCGCCGCCGCCGACAUGCUGGAGAGUAUGGCCGGCGAACCGCGCCGUGCGCGCCGGCCACCGCCGGGCCGCCUGCCGGCAGGCGUCAACCCGCAGAACCUGCUCAUCAUCGCGUCGCCGUCGCCCGACCGGCCCGACGGCCAGGUGCUGCAUGUGUACAUGAUCCAGCCGCCGCCCGGUCAGCCAUCCGAGGUCAACGUCACGCUGCAGCACGCGCCGCCCGUCGCCGCCGACCAGGAUGCGACACAGAGCAAGCUCCAGCCGCCGGCGAAGGCGAGGCAGUAG